UUUUUUUUUUUUUUUGUCUGUUCUUUUUUCAACUUGCAUUCUGUGUACAUCUUGCAUGACUCUUUCCUUCCUUUUCCAUUGUUUGUCUUUCUCUUUUCUCUUUUUCACACACACCCACACCCACAUUCUCUCUCUCUCUCUUUCUUUCCUUCUGACCUACGAUCUAAACGACCCAAACAAUCGGUCUCACUCACGACAAGAACGAUACCCACGCAUUGGACUCCUUCCCUUUCCUUCUUUUCCUUCCAUUCCCGAAGGAACGCAUACAUACAUACAUACCCAAUCCAUUCUUGCUUUCGUCCUUACCUUCUCACUUGAUUCCACGGAAUAAAAAAACUUCUUUCCCUGGUACCCUAUCUUGAUAUUCUACCCUGGUAUCUAGCUGGCCUAUACUACCAUUGAUUGAUUGAUUUAUUUCCCUGAUGUGAUUUACGAUAUGCUGUUUUCUCUUUUCUUCUCUUCUGUUCUUCUUUCUAGUGGUGUUUUUUUG